AUGUACAUUCUUCCAGACAAUGGCAGACACUCAGGUAUCAAGACUUCUUGGGUUGAACAUCACACCAGGGCUGGUCCACAAUCAACUCUGUCCAUAACCAAAGCACAUAGUUUCUUGAGUAACAUAAACUCUGCUGGCUACAAGACUGUUGUUUUCAAGUCUGCUGAGGAUUGGGACUACUGGCCCAAUGGGGCAUUCAAAGCUGACAUAUCUGACAAGAUCCACAGAAAGACCCGAGGGUUGAUGGUCCAUUGGGCCACAUCUACAUACAGAGUACCAUCCGGCCCCACCCUAGCUAAAAGAUGGAAGAAAGGCCACUACUCCAAGCACUCAUGUCAAGGUAUCAUUACCUGUGAAAAUGACAGCUGCCAGGAGGAAGCCCAGUUCAUCAACUUAUGUGAUAAUAAUCCUGGAGCUGGUCCAGCAAAAUUUAUUGCUGGAAUUCCCAUCCUCAGUGGUGACAGAUGUUCUGUUGCAAAUAUUUCACCCACAUAUGUGAACAUUAGUCAUGUGACUAAAGACUGUCAGAAACUCAAGGCAUCUGUACCACGCGGUGGUGACACUUUUAUCCUUGACUUUUCCUACUUUGAUUGUAGCCAUCCGACCUUUGUCACCUCCGGUCAGAUUAGUGCUGUUACAGUGUUCACGAUGCAGAGUAAAUUCAUGAAAUCUCUACUGCUCAAGAACUAUAUUGCAGAUGAGCUGGUGAAUGGAUUUGUUACAGAUGAAACCCACAAGUAUUUUGCUGAUCACAAUGCCUUCCUCCUCAUCACUGCAACCUACUUGCUAGAGCUUAAUUAUUGGGUGCUAGUUCAAUUUGCUUAUCUCAAUAGGGCAACAGCAGGACACUACUGA